CAGAAGCUGUAAAAACUUUCCACGAAAUUAUGUAGAUCGUUGAAAGAUAGUGGAAUCCCACUUUCCUACACCUCUUCAACUUCCCCAGACGAAAACCGAGAACCCUCUCAGCUUGAGAGGGGGGGAGGGGAAGAGAGAGAAAUUCGUGCUCACGCGAAAACUCAAAAACGUUUUUGACUAUUAUUUUAUUUUUUCGGGUUCUACUUCAAUCUUGGAACUCUGGGCACCGGAAAUAUUUGACCGGUGAUUAGUAUCGCGACUCUCACGUCAUGGGUUGCGCUGGAUCGCGUGACAAAGUCGAUGAAACUUCAAAGAAGAUACGGAAACCCAAGUCAUGGAAGCAUUCAGAAGCAAUAACAAGGGAACAACUAACACAGAUGCGUGAGGAGUUCUGGGACACUGCUCCGCAUUAUGGUGGUAGGAAAGAGAUCUGGGAUGCUCUCCGGGCUGCAGCUGAGGCUGAUUUGACACUUGCACAAGCAAUUGUGGAUAGUGCUGGUGUUAUUGUUCAAAACCCUGACUUAACAAUCUGCUAUGAUGAGAGAGGUGCCAAGUAUGAGUUACCCAAGUAUGUUUUGAGUGAGCCUACAAAUCUGAUUCGUGACAGUUGAGACUCUGCGGGAGUGUAUAUCAUGUAAAUUGGCCUCAUUGUGAUUUUGUUUCUAAUGUUAUUCCAUUUAAAUCCUGGCCCAUGGCGAUCUGCUUGAACUGUUGUACUAACACUUUAUGAUUAAUGCCAGCCACCCAGAUUUGCACACAUGGUGAUAUAUAUGGUGAAGGAAAACUAGAAUGCAACAUUCAUUUCAAAUGACAAUGAAUUCCGUUCCAUUGUGCACUAAUUCUGCAGUUAUCUUGGAUACCAAAGGCAAAGAAAACUAUUAUUUGGUUCAGUAGUUUUAGUCUUUUCACAGGUCUGAUGUCCCCAAUGUUAAAAGUAAACUUGGAACCAAACAUGAAGAUUGGUUGACGCGUUCAAUAUGGGGAACUUGGGGAGGAUGAGUGGCUUGUAUCAUGUUGUUCCAUUUAUACGUGAAGGGGAAGGUUCCUGCUCAUGGAUUAUGGACAAGCUAACUAUGUAGAGAAAACCAAGGGCUAUUGAACCGAGGAAAUAUUUAUACAUAACUUAGAUUGAUCAUGGUA